AUGGAACCUAAAACACAGCUUGUAAUUGGUAGAGAGCUAGGCCAGGCAGGUAAAACCAGGAACCAGUAUCUAGGGAAUGUCGCCAACGUGAAUAUAUAUUCUGGUAAGCUGGGCAGCGACCAGCUGAAGAUGAUGACCACUCACCCCUGCAACUAUUCCGGGGACUUUUUAGCCUGGCAGAAUAUGACCUUUGUUACAAGUGGAAUUGUUCCUACAAUUGAAGAUCCAACCUUGUGUAAACCAUUGACUAGAAUGAAAAUACCAGUACUAGAGAAUGUUCCCUUUAGUGUUGGAAUUGACACUUGCGAUAGACUCGAUAAAAGUGUUUUGCCAUCAAUAAAUGGAGACACAUCAAUCAAAACAAUGACAAACUUUAUGCUGGAUGCUGCUGGAAUUCCUUUGCUCUCAAAACGCUGCUUCGAGGCAAGUUUCUGGAUUCCAUAUAUGGAUGAAAUUACUGAAAAUAUUUGGCUGAACUACUACACCCAAAAACAGGAAACAAUGGAUUGGAAAGCUGGACAGCCAAAUGGAGAUCGAUCUCAAAACUGCGCUGAGGUGGAUCCUAAACUACCAGAAAAGAAUAUAUUUGAUAUAGAGUGCAACAAUAAAUAUUGCUUUAUUUGUGAAAACAAUCACUGGCCACAGCUCACGCUUAGAGGAUUAUGCCCUGAGAGUUAUAUUGAUGAGAUUUAUAUUAUUGCUUACAAGGAUGGUAUUAUAUACUUCAGUGGAGAUUACAAUACUGAAAUACAAUAUGAUUUUGUAAAUUUUGAAUGGAUAUUAACAGUGGCUGAACAAGACACAGUUGCAAAAGUAAAGGCAUCCUAUUCCUCCUUUCUGCUUGGAGUGAAUCAAUGGCUGAUUUCUAAUGAUUCGAAAUUAUGUACAACAGAUGAAACUUAUGAAAGGGUUCUGUCCAUGUCCAGUUGCUCAGUAUCUGAAUACAGGAAUUUCACCGAAUGA